AUGUUGCUGGAGCAGGGCGUGGUCAGAAGGUUCUCUCCAGGGGGUGGGGUCAGGGCGUGGUCAGAAGGUUCUCUCCAGGGGGUGGGGUCAGGGCGUGAUCAGAAGGUUCCCUCCAGGGGGUGGGGUAAGGGCGUGGUCAGAAGGUUCCCUCCAGGGGGUGGGGUCAGGGCGUGGUCAGAGGGUGGGGGCGUGGUCAGAAGGUUCUCUCCAGGGGGUGGGGUCAGGGCGUGGUCAGAAGGUUCCCUCCAGGGGGUGGAGUAA